AGACCCAAAUUUAUCUCGCAUCUCUUCCUGCGAGCGUGGGGUGAAACCGUGAUUUCGCCUACAGUAAUCAAAUCGCGGUGACGAGCUCUCGGCCUGGGAUCAUGGCGCUACUUCACGAUUUCAUUUAUUUGGGCUCGCUGAUUUUCUGCAUAGCCUUCGGCGAAGUUUUGAGGAAGAUCAAAAAUCCUGAGAAGCGGAAGCUUGUUGCUACAUUCCUUGGUGUUUUGAUCGUCUUCCUUCUAUCCGGGACCUAUAUCAUUCAUCCGAUUUUGAUGGUGCUUGUCAAUGCUACCAUAAUAACUUAUGUUAGCCAAAGAUGGUGCCACGUCGCCAGUUUCUUCUUCAGCUUUUCGUACCUGAUAUUUUGCCGAAGUUUCUGGUAUCUUGGCCUGAGCGAAAUUCCGGAUUUUCUGAAUGCUGUCGUUAUGCUGCUCACCUUGAGGGUCGUCGGUUUGGCAUUCGAGAAAAAUCGAGGGCCCUCGGAGAAACAUGAUUACCCUUUCCCAAAUUUUAUUGAUAUCGUUCACUACUCAUGUUGCUAUAUCGGCGUGCUUACGGGUCCGUAUUUCCGAUAUUCAGCGUACUACGAUAUGCUCUAUUCUGAGCAUACGUCUCGAGUCUCCUGCCGAGAAGCGAUGCUAAAUCGCAUGAUGUUCGUCCCCAUGUAUUUGGUUCUGUUUUUUCUGACGAACUACCUAUUCCCUGUAAACACGGUGGAGAGCGAAGAGUUUUCCCGAAGGUCGUGGCUCUACAAGUUCAUAUUUUCGAAUGCCGUGUUUUUCACCUUCCGAAUGCGGAUGUAUUCAGCUUUCAUUAUUUCUGAGUGUGUCUGCAUAAACGCGGGGCUUGGAGCAUAUCCGAAGAAAUUUGAAUCCAAAAGUGGUUUGGGCCCAACUGCUCGAACGAAAGAAUUGUCUGGCGAGGAAGAAUACGAUUUUGAAACUGUGAAGAACAUAGAUGCGUAUGGAUCUGACUUCGCUCCCACUGUCCGAGAGGGUAUGCGAUGGUGGAAUAUGACGGUGCAGUACUGGUUAGCCGUUAAUAUCUACAAGGGCUUGGCGGGAUAUCCCAAAGCAUUUCGUGUUGCUGCGACCAUGAUGGUCUCCUCGAUUUGGCACGGUGUUUAUGCCGGUUAUUAUCUUUCACUUCUCACGGUGCCAUUCAUCAUGGUUGUGGAAGACCUUUACGAGCGUAGACUUCGUAACCGGCUGUCCGAAACGGGUAAAGCUGUGUACGAUUGGGUUUCUUUGGCGUUGAAGAUGCAAUGGUUCGCGUACAUGGGCAUGGCCUUCCUACUCCUACGCGUUGAUAAAACUCUGCAUUAUUGGUCAUCGGUUUAUUUCGCGGGGCACCUGUUGAUUGUCUUCCUGUAUGUUCUUGGUAGAAUUGCUUUCCCUAAAAAAGGCAAAAGUAAGAUUGAAGAUGAGGAAAUCAAACGAGAAUUUGGAGACGUUCGAGUCAUGAACUCUACUAAUGCGUGUGGUGACCGAGUUAUACCUCUGUAUGACACAUGUCUUCAUGCUGUGGCGGACAACCUGAAAAUAAUACGCGAUGUGAGGGAUAUUCCUCAGCCUGUUUUAUCUGAUAUCAUAGGUGCUGCCAUUCGAAGAAAAAGUUCAGUUUUUCGGAAAGGAGGAUCGUCUUACUCAUUUGUUUCUGAAGUGAAGAAGAAGCAUGUUGCUUUGAUGCCCCAGUCGGUAGUGCUGAACAUGCAUUUGGAGGACUUGAACGAAUUUUUCAGCUGCUUUGAGCUUGCAGUAGAAAAUCUGACCGUCCUCACGGUUUGUGGACUUGAUCUCCGUAAUCACGAUUUGUGGUCGGCGCUUGGACACGGAAGCAAGAAGUAUGUGCUCGUGGAAACGAUCAGCGGUCUCAAUUGGCGUUAUCGCUCGACUGCUAAGGAGUUUUAUGAAUUGAGACGAAAUCUUGUCCUGUGGACUCGACUGGAAGGAGCUCAAACGUGUGAUAUACCUUUCCCUGGCAUUCCUGCGAAAAUCAUUCCGCCUUGCAGUGACCUAGCUUUGUUGUUUCUUCAUGAUGCUACUCUCGGCGGAAAGCGGUCAUCUGAUGAAGCGCGUGAUUUCCACCGACGUAUAAAGGUGUACUUGUCAGUCAGUCCCGUGGGGAGUGGAACGAUGAGAAAAACGGACGAGCAUAAUUUCAGAAAAAGAAUUCGAAUACAUUGGCUUGUUGUUCCCGCUGAAGUUGCAGCUGUAGGUCCCAAGAUGUUCGGCAAGAUCAUUUCUGUAAAGAAACCUAUCGUGGUUGAUGAUGAACCCCGAGACGGAGAUUUGAUCGGAUUAUUUGCGCGAGCUCCGCGCGAUUGGUCAAGCUGCGCACGUGAUGAAUCACCAUGCGGCGGCGAUUCACAAUUGCUGCCUAUUUGGAAGAAAAGAGCAUUAGAAAUUUAUGAUCCCAUGAAGUUCAAAGAUAUGCUUAUUGUGACAAAAUAUCAGUUGAAGGAGUUCGAGUUCUACAAUGCUGAUCUAAAAAAAUCGCGGAACAUGGGAUUUUACUGUGGAUAUUUCAGGAAUGGGCGUGUACUGUCUGUCGCUAGUCUAUCCACUCAUCCGACCUGGAUGAAAGAAUUGGAAACGUGCAUAGGUCGGAUACCCCUUCGAAAUCUGAUGAUCCCCGGAACGCAUGGAUCUGGAUCGUACCAGAAAUACCAUGGAUCUGCUUCGGAAUCUUUAUUCGUCAAGUACGCUAUGACGCAAGAAGAAGAUAUUUUAAAUCAAUUGAUGCUCGGAAUUAGGUACUUAGACUUGCGAAUUGGCUACUAUUCCACCGCUACGCCAAAUUCGACCGCAUCCGAUCCCGUGGAUUUUUUUUGGCUGAAUCAUGAUUUCCUCAAAAUAAACAAGCUGCGACCUGCCUUAAGAGCCAUUAAAAAGUUUAUUUCCAACACCCAAGAAAUAGUGAUUCUCGAUAUUCACCGAUUUCCAGUCGGUAAUUUCGACAGUUUUCCGGAACGACAUGAGCGCCUGAUAGAUAUCCUUGUUUCCACUUUUGGUCCGUGGAUGGCCCCACGCUCCAUGGUUUUCGUGACACCCUUCGUCAAGUCCGGAAUGCUCCGUCUAGGAAAGCGUUUGCUUGUCGCCUAUAAUCAUUCUUGUCAUGUGAAAUGUGAGCUACUGUGGCCCGGAAUCCCUCGACAUUGGGGCAAUACGAAUCGGAUGGAUUCCUUGGAAAGCUUCAUGGAUUCAACUUUUAUAAGAUCUAAGCACUCAGAUUGCAUGUGGACCAUAUCCGCUGCAUUGACGCCAUCGUUUUGGGAUGUCGCAACAGACCGGCUGAAUGGAUUACGUACUGCUGCGGACUCGCUCAAUCAUCAUUUAUCAAAAUGGCUGAAAACGAAGUACGCCACUUCGGCGAACAUCGUUGCGGUGGAUUUUUUCCUAAGCUCUGACGUGAUAAGAACGGCCAUUCAGUGCAACCUUCUACGUUCUGAACUGCAGCUGUUCGGUGGGAGUCAGACUGAGGUGGACGAUGAAAUUGAUGCCUUCCGAAAGGACGUGAUCGUACAAGAAAAUGUGCUUCAAGGCGCUGACAAAUGA